AUGGAGAUAUAAAAUUAUGGAAUUGUGCUUUAGGAACGUUAAAAUUAUAAAACACUUUUAAGUGCAUAAGAAAGAUUUUAAAUGUUUAAUAGCUUUAUUUUUGGCUCUGUUGAUCAAAACAAUUAUCUGUUCUUAAAUGAGCAAGAAAACUAAACUAAAAGGCUUUUUUAUACUGAGAUUUAUUUAUAAUUAUUUGGAAUCCAAGUAAUAAUAUUGAUAUUUCCUAUUCAAUAUUCACUAGCUUUUUAUUAGACUAAGUAAAUAAUUUAUGAAUUUCAACCAAAUUUUCUAAAGAAGCUCAAUUAUCAUAGGUUUACAUUAUUAAAAAUAUUUUAAAUAAUGAUCAAUUUAUCUGGAUAACUGGAAGUAAAAAAAGGGAUAAACUCUUUGUAUUUGAGUUAAAAAAGAAACCUUUUCAGAAAUUUUGGAGAGAGAAAUACAAUUAAUUAAAAAUAAUUAGGUAAAUGA